UUCAUUUUCUAUAAAACUUUUAUUUAGUCUACAACAACAGAUUUAUUGUUUCUGCUGCGAAAAACAAUUGUAUAAAUAUUAUUUUAUUUAAAUAUUUCAAUAUCGGUUUAUUUGCAAUAAAUAUGAUAAAAUAUUGUGUAAUAUUUUGGUGUUUUGCUAUUUUCCUUGUAAUUGUUCAAGAAAUUUCAGCUGAUGAAACUUGUCCGCGGGGUAAAAAUGAAAUAUUUCUGACAUUGGGUCCCAAUUGUGAUCGUGAAUGUGCCAAUUUGAAUAAACCUUGUGCAAAAGAAGGUGAACCGCAUCGUACGGGUUGCUUUUGUCGUAGUGGAUUUGCCCGAGAUGGGGAGGGAACUUGUGUGCCGAUUGUGUUUUGUCCAAGAAUAAAUUCAAAUCUAUUGUAGUUUUAAAUGUACAGAUAAAAAAGGAAAUAUAUAUUUUUUUUAAUUAAA